UUGGCUGUGGUCCUUUCUAAUGUUGCAUUGCUCAAAGUACCACCAAGGACAUUUUGAAAAUUUUGCUGUAUGGUUUUCAACGCCUCAGUUUUACCCUAAAAUGGUUUCACAUCAGAUAAAACGAAUCUGAUCUGUAAAAUAAAAAACAAGCGUUUGGAGAGAGAAAUACUUGUCAAAAGCAGAGGGUGGCUGCAGGGAGUUCAGGCAACCAAAGGCUGCAUCAGACAUGCCUGGGCAUGGUGAAUACUAAAACUUCAGACAGAUAAUCUGUAUUUUGCUCACACCCAGCUCAGACUCCAUCAAAGCUCUGAGGCUGCAGGAUUUUCAGCUCUCAUCUGGUUAAUUCUCUGCAACACAUUCACCAUGUUCCUCGCUCAAGCCUUGCUUGGUGGAGGGAGCAGUGGUGGAGGGGGCCUUGCGAGAGGCCUUGGGGGUCUUUUAGCAGGAGGUGGACAAGGAGGAGGAAAUCUUGGAGGACUCGUUGGAGGACUCGUCAACAUUAUCAGUGAGGUAGCAGCUCAGUACACCCCAGAGCCACCCCCACCUCCUUGCAGUCACUUCAUGAAUGUGGAAGCCGGCGAGAGCGAGGAGAUGCGUCAGUUCCGCCGACUCUUUGUCCAGCUGGCUGGAGAUGACAUGGAAGUGUGCGCCUCCGAGUUGAUGGACAUUCUGAACAAGGUGGUGGCCAGACAUAAAAACCUGAAGACAGAGGGCUUCAGCCUGGACACGUGCCGGAGCAUGGUGUCAGUCAUGGACAGCGACACAACCGGUAAGCUGGGCUUUGAGGAGUUUAAGUACCUGUGGAACAACAUCAAGAAGUGGCAGUGCGUGUACAAAGAAUACUACUCUGACCAGUCGGGAACUCUUGGGAGUGCUCAGCUGCCAGGUGCCUUCAAGGCUGCAGGGUUCCAGCUGAAUGACCAGCUCUACCAGAUGAUCAUUCGCAGAUACUCUGAUGAAAAUGGGAGCAUGGAUUUCAAUAACUUCAUCAGCUGCUUGGUGCGACUGGAUGGCAUGUUCCGUGCCUUCAAAUCCCUGGACCAAGAUGGAGACGGCCUGGUGAACAUGAACAUUGAAGAAUGGCUGCAGCUAACCAUGUACUCCUAAGAGAGCACAUUGGAAUGAAUACACUCCAACUGUGUGCUCUUGUUAAUGCCUGUGUUACUAAUGGGAGCCUUUCUCCUUGUUGCUCAAGAGCCACUGUUUGUAAAGUCAUUACAAGUUGUGUUGCUAUGAAAGAGCACGCAAUACUUUAAUGCUUAAAAACCCCUUAGUUUAUUGUGAAAUGUUUGUUUUUUCUACUGUGUACGUUUUACAGUUGUUUGGAUUGCUGAGGGGCUCGAAAAUGGAGCAUUUCUUGAGCUGUGCAAGAUUGUGUGUGUGUGUGCGUGUGUGCAUACGGGUACCUAUAAUAGAAAACUAGAUUUGGGUUCAAAAAGGAGAGAAUGUUGAUGGGUCAGAGUAGUUGUUGCUAAGGCUUUCUUCUCAUGUAGCUUGUUGGUGACUGGUGGACGUAUACACAUAAGAAAAAAAAAUCAGAAAUGUAUUCUCUAUUAAGAUUGGGGUUGUUCUUGAUAAGUAUUUUGAUUUUUAUGUAUUAUCUAUCAGAGCUUAUUUUGCUGGAGACGGAAGCGGUGCUUGCCUGCAGGGAAAUUGCUAGUAAAUAGAGGUGUACUGAUUUCUAAUUUGUAAGGAAUUAUUUGUAAUGGGGAAAAUAAAUUGGAGUUGUAAUUAUUAUAAUAAUCAAUGGAUUUUGAGAGACAAAUUAAAAUCUCUCCUCUUUCCUACUUUUGCUGUCUCAUUGUUUUCGGCUGAAAUGUUUCCUGGAGACCUGGUGCUUGGCAUAUACUCUUUUUAUUCCUGCAGCCUUCUAAUAAAUAUUUGUAUUGUAAAGUGCAAUAAUCUGAGUAGUGUUAAAAUACAGAAUUGCCUGUUGAGAGGGCUGUUGAACUGUUGCGGUCACCUGUUAGACAGACAGAUGGACAAAUUCAGCCUUGGCUUAUCUCCAUUGAAGUGGAGUUUCCUCAGGAAUGAAUUUGACCCACAAUUUCCAACUACAGUAAUUCCAUUCAUGUCAGGGCAGAGAUGCUUGCAGUGGCGUUAAAAGGCAAGAAGCAGCAGGAACUGUAGGUGUGUGUGCCUGCGGUUCAGAGUGUCCUUGGCUGCUUUAAAGCAAAAUUUAAUUUACAUGGGCCUAGUUGAUAUUAACGUGUGAGAGAGAGGGAGAGAGCUGAAUGGAAUGAGUCAAGCAGCCAUCUCUAGUUACAAAUAUCCAGAGGCCUAUGCCCCUCCUACACUACCUUUGUAAGAAAGUGUCAUCAGCAGCUAACUAAACAACAGAGGGGUUGCAUUUGAUUAUUAACAGGUUGAUGUAUUUUGAAAUAAUUACAGCUUCCAUUUCUACGUUUCUGGAAAAUACUGUUCACUGAGUCUGUGUACAAAUUGUCAUUGAAAUCUGAUCACCUGUUCGCAAUGUACGAACCAUCAUUUAAAUCGCUUACGGUGCACGAUACCAGACUGAAUGACAGGAACUUAGUAAAAAUAAAAUAGUCAAAUUGUGACAAAAUAGGCUAACUCCUGAACCACAACCACCACUCAUUCACAAAUUAAUCAAUCAAA